CAACGGGGCGGCAGCCAUGGCCGAGGGCAAGAGCGGCGGUGCCGGGCUCUUCGCCAAGCAGGUCCAGAAGCACCUCAGCCGGGCGCAGGAGAAGGUUUUGCAGAAGCUGGGCAAGACGGUGGAGACGAGAGACGAGCAGUUCGAGCUGAGCGCCUCCAACUUCCAGCAGCAGCAGAGCGAAGGCCACAAGCUCUACAAGGACCUCAAGGCUUUCCUGGGCGCCGUGAAAGCGAUGCACGAGAGCUCCCGGCGCGUGGCCGAGACGCUGCAGGAGAUCUACGGCGCCGACUGGGCCGGGCGCGAGGAGCUGAGAGCCAUCGCGGACAGCAACGACCUGCUGUGGGACGACUACGAGGCGAAGCUGGACGACCAGGCGCUGCGGCUCAUGGAGAACUACCUGGCCCAGUUCGGCGAGGUCAAGGAGCGCAUCGCCAAGCGCGGCCGCAAGCUGGUGGACUACGACAGCGCCCGGCACCACCUCGAAGCCCUGCAAAGCGCCAAGAAGAAGGAUGAGACCAAAAUCGCCAAGGCGGAGGAGGAGUUCGGCAAAGCCCAGAGCGUCUUCGAGGACCUCAACAGGGAGCUGCGGGAGGAGCUGCCCGUGCUCUACGGCAGCCGCGUCGCCUGCUACGUGACCGUCUUCCAGAACAUCUCCAACCUCCGCGACACCUUCUACAAGGAGAUGAGCAAGCUGAACCACGACCUCUAUGAGGUGAUGAGCAAACUGGACAAGCAGCACUCCAGCAAAGUCUUCAUCGUCAAGGGCGUCCCCAGCAACCGCCGCUCGCUGCUCAUCUCCUCGCCCGUGAGGCCCCCGGCGCCGGCCGAGCCUCCGGCCGCUGCCGAAACCCUGCAGCCGGUGCGGGAGCCGCAGCCGGAGCCGCAGCUGGAGCAGGAGGCGCCGGCAGAGCAGGAGCUGCAGCCGCAGCCGGAGCCGCAGCCGGAGCAGGAGGCACCGGUGGAGCGGGAGCCGCCGGUGGAGCGGGAGCUGCAGCCGGAGCAGGAGGCAGAGCAGGAGCCACCGGCAGAGCGGGAGCUGCAGCCGGAGCAGGAGCCGGAGCGGGAGCCGCCGGCAGAGCGGGAGCUGCAGCCGGAGCAGGAGCCGGAGCAGGAGCUGCCGGCGGAGCGGGAGCUGCAGCCGGAGCAGGAGGCGCCGGUGGAAGCGGAGCCGCCGGCAGGUUCCCGCGGCAGCGAGGCCGUUUCCAGCGGGCCGACGGAGCCGGAGCGCGCGGGAGACGCCGGGGCCGUCGCCGCGUCCCUGGCAGCGCAGAUCUUGUCCCAGGCACUGGCCGAGGCGGCGGGAAGCGCCGGAGAGGCGCCCGCCGCCGGGCAGAGCCGGGAGCGGGGCGACGGCGGCGUGCCGGAGCCCGGGAACGCGGCCGCGUCUUUGCCGGCCGAGGAGCCGCCCGCUGCGGAGCAGAGCGACUCCGGGGAGAGCGUGGAGGAGAUCGACCUUUCCCCCAAAGCGGCACGAACGCAGGCGAGAGCGGGGUGCCGGGAGCGGAGCGGAGCGGGGCCGCGGCGCCGGCGGAGGGGCCCUGGCGGGCUCCAGCGCCGCGCAGUGAUUUAUUUUUUCCCUCCCCUGCAAAAACGCUCCUCCGGUUUCAGGUGGGGCUGGACAUCGCCCUCGAGGAGGAGCCGAGCGGCAGCCCCGGGGCCGACGGUCCCCGCGCCGCCCCCCAGGAGGGCGGCUUCGCCGCGGCGCCGGAGCCCGACGGCAGCCGGGAGCCCCCGGACGUCGCCGAGCCCCUGGGCAGCGCCUGAGCCCGGCGUCCCGGCGGGAAGCGGGUCGCCCACGGAGCCGAGCGCGGCUGCGACGCGCUUCGCAGCCCCAUCUGCGUCGAAAUAAAGGCGGCCGGCGCCAGCCGUUGCCCAAAAACGCCA